AUGUUUGUGAGUCUUGUACCUGGCAAUAGUGCUAAAACACUUUCUAGGUACACUGACAUGGUGGAUGAUGUCAUCAGAACUGAAGAUGAGAAGCUGCAACACUUGAGUGAGCUUGCUAGAGUGAACCUCAAAGAGAUGAAUUUUUCUGAUUCGAUUCUUGCAUUAGAAAGGCAUUUUGUGUUACCACCAACUUUCUGGGAAGAUGUACAGGCGGUACAAGAUAGCGCAGGUCUAGCUGGCUUCCAAGGUGAGCUUCAACAACUUCAAGAUUUAAGAAGGGUAAACCACUUUUUAAAAUUGGUUGUUCAAACCAAGGAGUUACUUCAGAAAGACGCAACAAAAGAUGCACAAUUUAGAAGCCAAUUUGGAACACGAUGGAUUAGGCCUCAGUCAAGCAUGUUGACUAAGAACUCACAAGACCGAUUAAAUAAAUUUACAUCAAAUUUGAAGCAAAGUUGCAGAUAG